AUGUAUUCGUUGUCUUGGUUGUAUGUGACGGCACAUUUGGCAAAAGCGCAGGAUAGUGUCGUGGGCGAUGGUGCCUGCCAACAGGAAUGUGAGGCAGCCUAUGCUGACCCCACAAUGAUUGAUCUCUGCAACACCGCAUGCUUGGAACAACCAGAACUCUUCCAUGUGGACUUUCCUUACAUUUUUGGGCCCCUCACUGUGCAACCCUACCCAAAUCUCACCAAUGCGGAUCCAACGGAAUUGGAAGACUUGACUGGAACUUUGUGGGCUCGAGUGAAUGUGGACCGCAACCGCAUGCAGUUCAUGUACGAAAUGGAUAGCAAUCCAGAGCCUUUCUUCCCCUACUUUGCCAUGCAUUUGCAUCAAGGAAACUUGAAUGCCGAAGAAAUUGGUGGCGACCUUGUUGGUUGUUUCCUUCCAGCUGCACAAGGAGGAGACGGACCACCCGACCUUCAGCUGUGCAGCGAAAAGUGCACGGUGGGCUCCACGGAUAGGGGAAAUUGUGUCAACCCUGGCUUGACCCAACCAGAACCAUUGGAGGCGUGCCCGGUUUGCGACCUUACUUUGGCCUACGCCUAUUUUUGCCCUGGAGGGUGUCAAGGUGAUGGAAGAAUCGUUGGAAAUUCCACAGUGAAUCCUGUGGCUGGCCAGAUGCAAAACCAGACGGUGGUUCCAAGCCGAUUUUGCGAUAUUGGCGGGAAUAAUCCCAGUAAUGCUGUGCAAUGA